GGGCUUGCUGGAGGCAGCUGUGGGGGUCCCUGGGCGCCCUCCCCUGCGCCCUGCCUCCCCCUCCCGACCGUUCUCUGUCCACUGGUGCAGGGGAAGUUGGAGCUCAAGAGCAUGGACUUGAAGCCGGGGAUGGCCCUGAAAAUUAAGGGCAAGAUCGCGGAUGACUGUGCCGGUUUCGUGAUUAACCUGGGCCAGUCGGCUGAUCAUGUGAACCUGCAUUUCAACCCGCGCUUUGGGGAGGACUGCAUCGUCUGCAACAGCAAGCAGGGCAGCCACUGGGGGCAGGAGCAGCGGGACAGCCACAUGUGCUUCAAGAAGGGGGAUGAGGUCAAGAUCACCGUGACCUUCGAGAGCAGCGAGUUCAAGGUCAAACUGACUGAUGGGCACGAGCUGAGUUUUCCCAACAGGCCGGGGGACAGCCACCUGAGCUACCUGGGGGUAGAGGGUGGCCUGAGCAUCACCUCCAUCAAGUCUGAAUGAGCCCCCGGCCCUGCGCUGGGGCAGGGGACCCCCGAGCAUGGCAGGAUCAGGGGACCCCUUCCCCACCCUCCCCGAGAUGGAGCAAGGACAGAAGAAAGUGCCUGGGGGCUGGAGCGACUGUCAGCAUAUAGGACGCUGGCCUUGCACGCAGCCCCCCUGGGAGUCCCUGAGCUCCCCGGAAGUGAUCCCUGAGCACCGCUGAGGGUGGCCCAAAACCCAAAUUGAAAAGAAAAAGAAAGAGCCUUUAUCCAGUUUAACCGAGUCAGCGUGGUUUGUGCAGCGGAAGGACCCAGCAAUCUUAGGGCACUGCAGGGGAAACUGAGGCCCGAGGACAAAAGACGGCGAGUGGGGCUGGAGUGAUGCCACAGCGGGGAGAGCGUUUGCCUUGCACACGGCUCACCCAGGUUCAAUCCCUGGCAUCCCAUAGGGUCCCCCGAGCUCUGCCAGGGGUUAAUUCCUGAGUGCAGAGCCAGGAGGAACCCCUGUGCAUUGGCAGAUGUGACCCAAAAGCAAAAAAAAAAAAAAAAAAGCGUGUGCGUGGGGGGAGGGAGGGGCGGGAGUGCUCCCCAACCUGGCCCAGCACCCAGGGGCGGCUCCACGAG